CUAUUAUUGACAAUGUAGAUUUGAUUAAUUGUUAUCACUCUCCUGUUGAUGAAAAGAUAAAAAGAACAUAUAGGAUAAAUUACAAAUCAAAUUAUAUGCCGUUAUAUAGGAGAAGAGUUAUAAAAUUACAUCAAAAUGUAAUCGCAAAUUUUGUAGAAGAUAAAUUUAAAGUCACCGUCUCAAGAUGAACACAUAACUAGAAUUAUUUUGUGUAUUCUGUUAAGAAAUAAAUAAGGAUUUUAUUAAAAUAUACGAUGCAUUGUUUUCGUCAUUUGAGUAUUGUCACAUGUGGCAUAAUUCAAAGACAAAGCUGUGAAAUCGUAUUGAAAAAGAACAGAAUCAGGAGCGAAGUUUCAAGUGGGCUUAGAGCGUUAUCUGCUACUGCAUGCAUUCAUAAACAGGAAUCCAUAGCUUUACGCAGUACAAAACCCAAAUCGAAGAAUGAUACCCUGCAAUAUUUUGUCGAUAUAAGAUCGGUGAAAACAAUCGGGGGAAACGGUGGCGAUGGGCAGAUAUCAUUCUUACGAUUGUGGAUCAAUGAUCGAGCUGGUCCGGAUGGUGGUGACGGUGGGCACGGUGGUCAUGUAAUAUUUGAAACGACAUCAAAUGUAAAGGAUCUUAGGCAUAUAGAUUCAGUGAUCAGAGCUAAAGAUGGAGAAAAAGGUUACAGCAAGGAUUGUUUCGGUAAAAAUGCAGAACACAAUGUGGUAAAAGUGCCCAUUGGCACAAUCGUGCGCGAUGUAGAGGGUAAAAUAUUAGCUGACUUGAGCAAAGAAGGAAUGAUGUUUAUUGCCGCGAGAGGUGGUGCCGGCGGUCAUGGAAAUGCCUUUUUCAAGUCGGACACUCAACAAACGCCUGAAAUAUGCGAAUACGGCGCAAUCGGGGAAAACUUGCAAUACGUGUUGGAAAUAAGGAGUAUGGCCCAUAUUGGAUUGAUUGGUUUGCCAAAUGCUGGUAAAAGUACACUUUUAAGAGCGAUAUCCAGAGCUAGGCCAAAAAUAGCGGCCUAUCCCUUUACUACUUUAAAACCUCAUAUAGGCAUAAUUCAGUACGAUGAUUAUGAACAAGUUGCAGUUGCUGACAUGCCCGGUCUCAUAGAAGAUUCACAUAAAAAUAGAGGGCUUGGCAUAACUUUCCUCAAGCAUGUGGAACGUUGCGCCGUUUUAGUAUUUAUUUUAGAUGUAACACAGAAUGAACCGUGGGAAGUUCUGCAAACUUUAAAGUACGAAAUUAGUCAGUUUAAUGAGAGACUGAAUGACAGGCCCCACAUUAUUGUAGCAAAUAAAAUUGAUUUGCCAGAUGCUGAAGUUAAUUUACAGUUACUCAGAGAACAUAUAGAUUUACCAAUAAUUCCUAUCUCUGCCAAAAUAGGAACUAACGUUUCCACUUUAUUGAAAGAGAUUAGAAUAUUGUACGAUAAUCUUAAAGUUACUACAUCAGAAAAAGAUACUGAACUUUCGAUGUAACUUUUACGUAAUAAAUCCGAUAUAAAAAAAGA